AUGGCAUCAAGGCCGUAUGACCGGACUGGCUCCCCGCAGCCCGUGCCGGCGGUGCUAAGGCAUCUGCAACUCGUGCUCUGGAGUACGGCGUGCAUAGGCUCGCUAAUCGUCGUGACCAUAUUUUGGGGGGCCUUGCUGCUGGACCAGUUCCUGGUGGCCGACGAGUUCAAGCUGCGGUAUAUCCUCUUCCCGCAGGCGUUCGGGGUGAUUUACCUUUUCUUCAAUGUGGGCUGGUAUUAUCUCGCCCCGGACGAUGACCGACUGAUUUACAUCAUCCUCGACUGGGAAGAUAACACUCUAGGGGCGUGCAUCUAUGCCUUCGGCGCGAUUUUGGUUGGCGCACCGCUCUUCGGUUUGGUCCACUUGGGCCUCUUCAGGCUCCGCGAAAGCGUCUACCACAAUCGUCUAGCCAGAACCUCGAAGGCCGCAGCGGAGGCCCAAUCGAUCGAAUUGAAGGAGAGCGACCAAGCUUGAGGUCCUGCUGCAUGAUGGGCGGUUGAGGAGCUCGGCGGGAAGGAACGGGUUGUUGUAUUGUAGGGAGGAGACCGGUGACACGGACGAGCGGGUCGCAGUAGUGGACUACUAUACUGCGAAUUGUAGCGUUCUGAAGGAAAGCGUUGCAACGUCCCCGGAAAAAGCCGCAGGGUAGGGUACACUCGCAAAACUGCCAGGAAAACAACCCGGAGGACAGGUGGCCCGCCGAGGAGCCUCAGGCUAGCAGUAGUGGCCUAGCCCCCGGGAAGGUGUUGGGCUUGCAGGAAGGGGAGCUGUUUUGCCAGAAUCUGGCCAGGGAGAACCAGCUAGAUGCCACACAUCUACCACCGACAGAUGUGGGGCGUUAACAUAUUUUUGAACAUUAAAGUACGAUCCGUGGUUCACCCGGGGAGAGUUGGCGCUAGAAUGAGAUAUUUUGACAAGUCCGAACAUGACCGGCACCCCCACAUGCAAACUAGACACGUGGGGAUUACUUGACGUUGUAUUCUAUACUAGAUAUUGUGUUACGUAAAUUAUGAAGUACAAAUUAUGAAGUAUUACUUCAUCAGCGGGAAUUGCUACAGGCUUGACGGAGGUGUUCUGGAUUACAGCAGUACUUUUGUGUGUUUGGAGAAUUUUAAAUUUCCUUACCUGACGGUUCUACCAACCGGAGCGACGGCGAAGGGUUGUCAUACACAACCACAAGGUUUAAAUAUCGUUUUGUUUGCAGAUAUGAGGUGUUGCCCUGGACUAACGUGAGACAGUACCUCCUCGUAGCGCCAAAGUGUGUUCAGCUUCAGCAUGCCUUUUUCUUGAAUCAAAAACGAAGAGAUUUGUCGCGCUUACGUUUCACGUAUUUUUUCUUGGACACAUGCAUUGGUGUCUGUAGAUGAUAUCUUUUGUGGUUGUGUUGCUUUCAAGUAGACCAGUCGUCGUGUAGGAGGGGCCAACAUUUCCUUGUGGUCGUGCGACCCUCUUCCUUUUGUGGCCAUACUGUAGGGUACCGUCGCAGUUUUCCUUCUGUGGCCACGGCACGAUUCGACGGCACUUGUCGUACACCGCCGCCCUC